AUGAAGGUCACAAAUGUGAACAAGCUGACGUCAUCUGGUUGCCAAGUGAAAAUUUGGAUUGCAGAUUGGUUUGCUCAGUUGAACAACAAGUUGGGAGGUGACUUGGAGAAAAUCAAAGUUAUUGGUGAAUACUUCAAGGAGAUUUGGCAAGCUGGUGGGAUGAACCCCGAAAAAGUAGAGUUUCUUUGGGCUUCAGAAGAAAUCAGUAGUAGGGGAAAUAAGUACUGGCCGCUUGUGAUGGAUAUUGCUCGCAGAAACAACGUGUGGGCAGAGCAGAUCAUGGGGCGUAGUGAGACAGAGGUUCUAAGUGCAGCGCAAAUCCUUUACCCUUGUAUGCAGUGUGCGGAUAUUUUCUUUCUUGGGGCGGAUAUCUGCCAGCUAGGGAUGGAUCAACGGAAAGUAAACAUGCUAGCAAGAGAAUACUGUGAUGACAUUAAGAGGAAAAACAAACCCAUCAUCUUGUCUCACCAUAUGCUUCAUGGUCUUCUUGAAGGACAAGAGAAGAUGUCCAAAAGCAAUCCAUCAUCUGCCAUAUUUAUGGAAGAUGAGGAGGAUGCUGUUAAUGAGAAGAUCAGCCAAGCUCAUUGCCCACUAAAAACUGUUGUAGGCAAUCCAUGUCUUGAAUACAUCAAGUACCUAGUUCUACUACGAUUCAACGAGUUCGUGGUUGAACAGAAUGGCGGUAACAAGACCUUCACAAGCUUUGAAGAUAUUGCUGCUGAGUACGAGAGUGGCGAGUUGAGUGAGGAAGAUUUGAAGAAACCUGUUCGUGAUCAUUUCAAAACCAAUGAGCGCGCCAAAAAUCUAACGGAACAAGUCAGGGCUUUUAGAGUCACCAGGUGA